AUGGACAUGGUUGAGAAGUGUUUGUCAAAUCAGUUGGCCUGCUUACACGAGAAGAAGAGAGAACUUGAAGAGAAAAUGAAUGCCAUAAAAGCUGAGAUUGCAGAUUUUACAGCACAGAGAGACACGGUUGCUAAGAGAAAGAUAGAAUUGUUUCAGAAAGGAAGUGUGAUGAAAGCUGAAAGGGAUGAUUUGAGGAACCAAAUGCCAAGGUUGAAAGCUGAGAAGGAAUUGGCAAAUAUAACACAAGAAAAUAUUGAAGAAGAGUGGUCAAAGCUUGGAGAACAAUUCAUUGGAAGCACCGAUUUUGAAGAGUGGAGCUUAGAACCUUCACAUAAAUAA